AUUUUUAAAUGAAUAGAGAAGUUGAAACAUUUGAUUGAAAUGAUGAAACAAAUGAUUACUGCACUUUUAUGUUGUUUUCUUAUCAAUUUUGAAAAGAUUCACGCUUCAGGUCAAAUUUCGCAUGGUCUUUAUCCUCGAGUAAUACUAAUUUCUCUGGAUGGAUUUCGUUACGAUUACUUUGAAAUGGCUAGAAAACGAAAUGUUAACAUUUCAACAUUUGAAAAGAUCCAAGAACGUGGAGUUGGGAUUAUGCGUAUAGAAAAUGAAUUUCCAACGUUAACAUUUCCAUCACAUUUUUCAAUGGUCACAGGUCUUCAUCCUGAAAGUCAUGGAAUAGUAGACAAUGCGUUUUAUGAUCCACUUCUCAACGUAACGUUUUCAUCGAGAAAUCAGUCAACAGCAUCAGAUUCUAGAUUCUACGAUGUCGGUGCUGAACCGAUUUGGAUAACGAACCAGUUUCAUGGGUACAAAACUGGAAUAACUUUCUGGGUUGGAAGUGAAGCUAAAAUUAAAGGCCAGUUACCCACUCACUAUCUGACACCAUACAAUCAGAGCAUUACAUUCAAUCAGCGAGUUGACACUUUGAUGGGUUGGUUUGAUAAUGAUAACAUUAAUCUCGGUCUUAUUUAUUAUCAUCAACCCGAUAGAGCGGGACAUAUUUAUGGAGCAGCAAGUGAUGAAGUUUUCAAGGCUAUUGAAGAAAUCAAUCAUGGACUGGAUUACCUGCUCAAAUCAAUUGAAAAGAGACCAUGGCUUAGUUGUUGUCUCAAUGUCAUUAUAUCAAGUGAUCAUGGGAUGGUAAAUGUCAGUUCAGAUAAAGUUAUAUAUCUUCAUGACUACAUAAAACCGGAUGAGUAUAUGUCAGCGCCUAAACUGUCAGCAGAAAUCUGGACGAUUUGGCCAAAGCCAGGAAUCACUGCGCAAUCAUUGUAUGAUAAAUUAAAGGACCGACACUGCAGGUUGAAUGUCUAUCUGAAGGAGCAACUACCCUCACGCUUUUAUUACACAUCGAGUGAUCGAAUUGGUCCAGUGAUUAUGUAUGCAGAUCUUGGAUGGACGAUCAUUGCUGAUAGAUAUUCUGGCAUAAAAUUGAAAAAUAAAGGUUCUCAUGGAUAUGACCCGGACAACAAAGAGAUGUCUCCAUUUCUAUUGGCAAUGGGACCUCUGAUAGCCAAAGGUCAAACAAGAAAAUUAAAAGAGACAAUCAAGCUCAUAGAUUUAUACUCACUGAUUUGUCUGAUGCUGAACUUGAAACCUGCUCCUAAUAAUGGCAGCGUUGAUCGAGUUCUUCCCUUGUUGAGAUACGGAAGUAUGGCUAAUAUCAAUAGAUCAUCUGCAUCAAUAAUCAUCAACUUUGUUAUUUUUAUGUAUUUUUAUAUGAAAUAACGGAUUAUGCUGUUGUUUUUUUAAUUUUCGAGAAUAGAUAUUUUUAUUUUAUUUUUUGAAAAAUAGAAAGAAAAUAUCACAAACAUUUGUUCAUUUCACAUGAAUUCUAUCGCUAUUGUUAAUUAUUACGAUUAUUAUGAUUAUGAUUAUUUUUAUAUUGGUGAAAACAAAACAAUAGUUCAACUUUUGUCUAAAAUAUUCAAAAUUGUUUUGUUUUAAUUGGAUGAUGAUGAAUUUGUUUAAACAAUUUCAAUUUUCAAUAUUUAUUUAUGCAGUAUGAUGUAAAUCAAUUGUAAAAGAUGAUUAUUAUUCUUAGUUUCCUUUGAAAUUGUAUUUGAUUUUUGUUACAAAAUUAUUAUCGUGUGUAUACAGUACACAUAAAAAAGUGGAUAUUGUUUUUUCGACCGAUCGAUCGAUCGAUCAUUUGGAUUAGCGAGAAUGUAUGAGUUUUACAGAAGUUAUUUGAUUGUCAUGUGAAUUGUUGAAAUUUGUAUAAAUAUGAGAAAUUCUGUGAAGGAAUAAAUUUUUUUUUUCAAAAACACUGUUGAAUGAUUGAAAAAGCUGUAGAAAGAUAAUACGUAGUUUCAUUGUGACUUAUAGAAAAAAGAUCUUGGUUACAUGAAGACUUGGUAACGUAUGCACAUGGACUAAUGCACGUUUAUCCACACAUUGUUUUGAAUUUUUUUCAUUGAUAUACACAUGAUGCAAUUGUCAAUUAGUCUGUCUCUGUUCAUUAUUACCAUUGAAUGAUUUAUUCGGAUUGUUCGUGUUUUUAAUUUACCUACCAUAAACAACAUUUUAAUGUCCACUAAAAACCUUAUUCUGAUUUGAUGCAAACUAGUUUUGACGAGUUAAACACUUUUGAUAUUAAUGUGAAUCGUUCAAACGAGAGCAUAUUGUUUUCACCUAAUCUUUUCAAACAUUGAUGUGAAUCUUUAGACCAUUAUCAAUUCAAAGUUGUGAUAUGGAUAAUGUUGAGUGUUUGCACAGAAGAGAAGUAACCGUGAACUUACAAGAUGAUAUUGUAAUGCAAAGUUAGAAAUUCAUGCCAACUGCUGAUGAAUUUCGCUAUUCCCAUGAAGUUUAUGAUAUCUUCAUCAUGUUUCAUAGAUGAACAAUUUAAACAAAGUAUUUUUAUCUCAAUUGUAUUGAACAGAGAAAUGAGAAGACAUAUUUUUUGAGAUAGUACCAUUUCGUGCUUUCUCGUCAGUCACAUACAAGCAACAUGUUAUUUGUGUAAAUACAGUUUUGAAGAUAAGGUCAAAAUUUCUUAUUUAGCAUGACAUUCAGUCACUAGAACCAUGGUAAACAAAGGUCAACAUAC